AGAUGAAGACGGUACGCAUUUUCAGAGGCAGCAGGUAUUUCAGAGUGUUCACAUGAUCAUGAAUCACACUUUACAAUUCCUCCUCAAGUGAAAGUGAAACUAAAAUCAGGAUCCAUUUUGAGACAAGAGCAGAUAUUACAUGAAGAGAGGAAUAUUCAACAAAUAUCAUAGUUUAUACUUGACUAAAUCUCUGAAUUGUCUGAAACAAUAAAUCAAUGGAUUGUGAAGCACUUUGUAGGUGAUAUUCUACUCAGUAAUGAGGAACAUCAACAGCUCGAGACUGUGUAAAAUCAACAUUUUAAAUGCUGUCAUGACCUCCAGAAAGAGUCUCUCUGGAGAAAGUCACACAAACACAAUGAAAAGUGUCAUUCAUGGGGAAUCUCCUGAAUCCAGCUGUGUGUCCAUGAAGAGUGACGGGUCAAUGAAUCCUCCACUUUUCUUCAGUUCAGGAGCCCCUUGUGCUGAUGUGAGUGUCGUUCAUGGAGAAUCUCCUGAAUCCAGCUGUGUGUCCAUGAAGAGUGACGGGUCAAUGAAUCCUCCACUUUUCUUCAGUUCAGGAGCCCCUUGUGCUGAUAUGAGUGUGAAUAGAGAUGAUGUGGCUGUAGACCUGCAGCAGGAUUCUCAUCCACCAGUAGAUGAUGUUCUUCAGAGAGCCAAAGACAAACACAAAACCAGCAUGAAGAACAAGUAUGAGAGCUUAUUUGAGGGAAUCAAACUGCACGAGAAUCAAACCCUCCUGAACAGGAUUUACACAGAGCUCUACAUCAUAGAGGGAGAGAGUGAAGGGGUGAAUGAAGAACAUGAGGUUUUACACAUGGAGAAAACACCCAGAAUGCAACUCUUUCAUGACACUCCAAUCUACUGCAAUGACAUCUUUAAACCUGAACCAGGAUGUGACGAGAAGAGAAAAGACAAAAUAAAGACUGUUCUUACUAAAGGCAUUGCUGGAAUUGGAAAAACAGUCUCGGUGCAGAAGUUCAUUGUGGACUGGGCUGAGGGAAAAGCCAAUCAGGAAGUAGAUUUCAUGUUUGUGCUUCCAUUUCGAGAGCUGAACUUGAUUAAAGAUGAGCAGUACAGUCUUCACAGACUUCUGCUGGACUUUCAUCCUGAACUUCAUGAUCUGGACUCAAAGAUUUAUUAUCAGUGUAAACUUGUGUUCAUCUUUGAUGGUCUGGAUGAAAGCAGAAUUCCACUGGAGUUUUCAGACAGUGAGAAAGUUUCUGAUGUGACUGAGACUUCAUCAGUGGGUGUGUUGAUGUCAAACCUCAUCAAAGGAGAUCUGCUUCCCUCUGCUCUCAUCUGGAUCACCUCCAGACCAGCAGCAGCCAUUCAGAUCCCCUCCAAAUACAUCAAGCGUGUGACAGAGAUUCAGGGAUUCAAUGAUCUUCAGAAGGAGGAAUAUUUCAAGAAGAGAAUCAGUGAUGAACAUCAAGCCAGCAGAAUCAUCUCACACAUUAGAAGAGCAAGAAGCCUCCACAUCAUGUGCCACAUACCAGUGUUCUGUUGGAUCUCGUCCACUGUGCUUCAAAACAUCUUGAAACAAGAUGACAGUGCAGAAAUCCCUCAAACUCUGACUGAAAUGUACAUCCACUUCCUGCUCAUUCAGAUCAAUAUGAGGAAUCAGAAGUAUGAAGAGAAACCCCUGCAGUCACACAGAGAAGUGAUUGUGAAACUUGCUGAACUGGCUUUCAAACAGCUGAUGAAGGGCAAUGUCUUGUUCUAUGAGGAGGACCUGAAAGAGAGCAGCAUAGAUGUCACUGAUGCCUCAGUGUAUUCUGGGAUCUGCACUGAGAUCUUUAAGGAGGAAUCUGUGAUUCAUCAGAGGAAAGUCUUCUGCUUCAUUCAUCUGAGCUCUCAAGAGUUUCUAGCUGCUCUAUACUUGUUUUACCAUUAUGUAAUCAAAAGUGUUGACACAUUGCAGUUUUUCGAUGUAGUGCACAGUCUGCAUAUAAACACAGUAGAUAAAGCCCUUCAGAGUGCAAAUGGACACCUGGAUCUUGUCCUGCGAUUCCUGCUGGGCAUCUCACUGGUGUCCAAUCAGAGACUGUUACAGGAUCUACUGACACACACAGAGAACAGCUCAGAGAGCAUCAAGAAAACCUCACAGUACAUUAAAGACACAAUCAAGAAUGGCAAACAUCUCUCCACUGAAAGAUCCAUCAAUCUGUUCUUGUGUCUGCUGGAGAUGAACGAUCAGACUCUGUCCAGAGAGAUUCAGGAGUUUGUGAAAGCAGACAAACACUCAGAGAAGAAACUCUCCCCUGCUCAAUGUUCAUCAAUCGCCUACAUGCUUCAGAUGUCAGAGGAGGUGCUGGAUGAGCUGGACCUGAAGAAAUACAACACAUCAGAGGAGGGCAGAAGACGACUGAUUCCAGCUGUGGGCAACUGCAGAAAAGCUUUUCUUCCUGUCUGUAAUCUCACUGGUCAGAGCUGUGAAAUUGUGGCUUCAGCUCUACAAUCAUCAAACUCCCUGAGAGAGCUGGACCUGAGUAACAAUGACCUGCAGGAUUCAGGAGUGAAGCUGCUCUCUGAUGGACUGAAGAGUACAAACUGUACACUGGAGAUACUGAGAUUAUCUGGCUGUAUGGUGACAGAAGUCGGCUGUUAUUAUCUGGCUUCAGCUCUGAGAUCAAACCCCUCACACCUGAGAGAGCUGGAUCUGAGCUACAAUCACCCAGGAGAAUCAGGAGUCAAGCUGCUCUCUGAGAGACGCAACGAUCCAAACUGCACACUGGACAAACUUUAUGUGGAUCAUGGAGGAGAGUUCAUGAUUACAGCAGGACUACACAAAUAUUUCUGUGAUCUCACACUGGAUUCAAACACAGCACACACUGAACUCAUUCUGUCUGAGGGGAACAGGAAGGUGACAUGUGUGAGAGAGUGUCAGUCAUAUCCGGAUCAUCCAGAGAGAUUUGAUGUGUAUCAUCAGGUUAUGUGUAGAGAGAGUCUGACUGGACGCUGUUACUGGGAGACUCAAUGGAGUGGAAAUGGUGCUGAUGUAUCAGUGUCAUAUAAAGGAAUCAGCAGGAAAGGAGGGAGUUAUGACUGUUGGUUUGGAUUCAGUGUAAACUCCUGGAGUCUGUGCUGUUCUGAUGACAGAUUCGCUGUCUGUCACAAUAAUAACAGAACUGUCAUACGUCCCCCUUCACACGGCUGUAAGAGAGUAGGAGUGUAUGUGGACUGUCCGGCUGGCACUCUGUCCUUCUACAGCGUCUCUGACACACACACACUCACACACUUACACACAUUCAUCACCACAUUCACUCAACCCCUCUAUGCUGGAUUUAGAGUUUAUUCUGAUUCCUCAGUGUGUCUGUGAACAUCAGAGACACGCACAACUGGGUGAGUGAAAUAUACUCACUGUAUCUCACAUCAACACAACUGCAAACUCUUUCUAGAAAUCAUUUAAUGAAUCGUCAAAUAAACAAAAUCUCUCAUCAA